CCGCCAGGGCUGGUCUGUGUAAGAAACUGACGGAGCUGAGGCAGCUGCGAGAGGAAAAGGCUGGGGAUCGUGAAACCCAAAAAGUCUUGGUUCUCUCAGUUACUGCCCGCAUCGAGUCCGCAGCAGGCCUUCAGCACCAUGGACAGCCGCGUCGGCUCUGGGAACACCAGCGACUGUUCUGACCCCUUGGCUCCAGGGAGUUGCUCCCCAGCACCUGCCUCCUGGCUCAAUUUGUCCCAUGUAGAUGGCAACCAGUCCGAUCCAUGUAGUCUGAACCGCACCGGGCUUGGCGGGAGCGACAGCCUGUGUUCUUCGCCUGGCAGUCCUUCCAUGGUCACAGCUAUAACCAUCAUGGCCCUCUACUCUAUCGUGUGCGUAGUGGGCCUCUUCGGAAACUUCCUGGUCAUGUAUGUGAUUGUCAGAUACACCAAGAUGAAGACUGCCACCAACAUCUACAUCUUCAACCUUGCUCUGGCAGAUGCCUUGGCAACCAGUACACUGCCCUUUCAGAGUGUCAACUACCUGAUGGGAACGUGGCCCUUCGGAACCAUCCUCUGCAAGAUCGUCAUCUCAAUAGAUUACUACAACAUGUUCACCAGCAUAUUCACCCUCUGCACCAUGAGCGUGGACCGCUACAUUGCUGUCUGCCACCCGGUCAAGGCUCUGGAUUUCCGUACCCCCCGAAAUGCCAAAAUUGUCAAUGUCUGCAACUGGCUCCUCUCUUCUGCCAUUGGUCUGCCUGUCAUGUUCAUGGCAACCACAAAAUACAGGCAGGGGUCCAUAGAUUGCACCCUCACGUUCUCGCAUCCCACCUGGUACUGGGAGAACCUGCUCAAAAUCUGCGUUUUCAUCUUUGCCUUCAUCAUGCCGGUCCUCAUUAUCACCGUGUGUUACGGACUGAUGAUCUUACGGCUCAAGAGCGUGCGCAUGCUGUCGGGCUCCAAGGAAAAGGACAGGAACCUGCGCAGGAUCACCAGGAUGGUGCUGGUGGUCGUGGCUGUGUUCAUCGUCUGCUGGACCCCCAUCCACAUCUACGUCAUCAUCAAAGCCCUGAUCACGAUUCCAGAGACUACCUUCCAGACGGUUUCCUGGCACUUCUGCAUCGCCCUGGGUUACACAAACAGCUGCCUGAACCCUGUUCUUUAUGCGUUCCUGGAUGAAAACUUCAAGCGCUGCUUUAGAGAAUUCUGCAUCCCAACCUCCUCAACGAUCGAACAGCAGAACUCCACUCGAGUCCGUCAGAACACUAGAGACCACCCCUCCACAGCUAACACAGUGGAUCGAACUAACCAUCAGCUAGAAAACCUGGAAGCAGAAACUGCUCCAUUGCCCUAACUAGGUUCCCAUGCCAUCCAGAGCCUUGCUGAGCUUAGAGGCCACCAUCUACUUGGAAUCUGGUUGCUGUUGGACUGAGUAGGAGGCUCUGGUUUCCUAGGUAACCACCUGGUCCUGCAUCACUCAAAGUCUGCCCUCUCUGGCUACUUCAUCCUGCACAUGAGAGACAUUCAUACUGUACCAAGCACUGGGAAGGAAGAUAUUAUAUGAUACUACUGAAUCCAGCUAGUAUACAGGACCACCAGAAACAUACUUAGUGGAUCACAAUACUCUAUGGUAUGUGAGCUGGGGUCAUCACAGAAGAUGACCCCUCUGUGCAUAGAAUUUCUAUUUUCAAGAAAAUACAUAUGACCUUAUCAAAAAGAAACUAUCAAUUGUUGAGUUCAUUGUAGUAAACCCUAAGGUAAACGCUACCUCUGACCUCUAACCCAGUCACCUUUCUGGUCUUUUGUAAGGGGAUAUAUUAUGUUUGACCUACAAUGUUCACCUUGAAAUCAUUGUCUAGUUAAGACAUCAGGGCCACCUCCAUUUCUUGGUUUUGUAUUGUUUGAAGGAACAUAUCUCUCUCCCUAGCUCCAUAAUGAAAAUGAAGGGGAUGCCAAACACGGUGUCAGCUGCAGAGUGGUUAAUUCCCACACUGAAAUGACUUUCUGGGAGCUACAAUAUGGGGAUGGCCUCCCUAAUUCCCUCGCUGUCCUCCAAGGGUUCCCAAGUUAAGUUUAUGAAGUUACCCAUCAUGCCAUCCAAGCCAGAAGCCACAAGUUUUGCUAUCUUUGUUUCUCCAUAGCAUUGCCAUUCUGCAUGCUUUCUUUUAGAUUAUUUUCUCUGAUGCCUUCUAAAACAGCAUGAUAAAACAAGAGAUGUUUUGUUAGGUGACAGGAAAGUUUAAGCAUUUUUUAAAAUACGAAGCCAAUAAACAUAAUUACAAGACAGACUCAAACAACCAUAUAAAAAAAGAUGUGAUCUGUUUCUCAAUCCUAUGUAGUUACUUGAAUAUGAAAUACUAACAAUAUCCAAACCUCUCUCCCUAAAGAUUUGCAUUUUUUGUAAUGUCAUAAUCAUUAUCUUGGUCUUUUUUGUUCUUGACUAAAUAUCAAUAUUUCCUUGAUAAGAUGUCAAUCUUUGAUGUAACAUUUCUAAGAAAAGUCCUGUUUGACUAGAUUUUUUUUUUUUGGAUGUGACAUGCUGUUGGGAUUUGGCAGUCGCCCAAUUUUAGAUCUGGAGUAACAGCCAAGUUCACCACUUUAAACUUUUGUCAUCUUCUAUGGAGAUGGAAGUAGAGAACAAGACCCUUGGUCCUGCUCCUGACAAGGGUUCCAGAGUCUGCAUGCAGCCAGCAGAUGCUACUGUAAAAUGUGUAUCCCUUUAUCUGUCCAACAAGACACCAAUAUGCUUCACAGUUUCUGGAAGACAGCUGUCAUGGAUCAGAAUAACUGGAUUUACUGUCUCGGAGCUGAUUGGCUAUAAUUACAUGGACCCGGCCAUGUAUCCAUUAGAGGAGGAAAAGAAAACAAGAUAAGUGUUUUAAUGUUUCCUUUCAAUGAUGCCUCUAAUAACCUCCAUUUCUCAGAUGUUACAUCCCAGGAUAGAUGAGCUUUAUAUUGCAGUUUUUACAUUUUCUGUUAGAAGUAACUAAAACCAAAAUCUUAAAAAGAUUCAGGGUUUUAAAAUGGAUAACGCAAAUGAGACUCACUAGGGAGAGUGAAGUAUCUGAAUGUAAGUGCGGAGGAAGAACAUUCUUGCUUUCAGGAUGCUGUAUGGCACACGUUUUCUCUGGGGGUAGCACAGUGUUGUUUCUACACACAGCGCCCCUUUUCAGUUCUCACUGUUUCUGAACAAUGACCUACUCUGGGUGGGAACUACCUGGCAUAUGACUGAGAGAAAAGCGGACUUGAUUUAGGACUUGACCCAUGGUUUUUUGUUUUUGUUUUUGUUUUUUUUUUUCUGCAAGGGUCAUACAUGUGUGCACAAGGCUCUUCCAUAUCAUCUGUUACAAAAGAAAAUACACGAUGAAUUGGUUCAUUUUAAAUUACAUUCUAAAGCCAGAAAGGCAUUACCGGUGUUUUUUGAUAGAAAGAUAGAAGUUUUAAUGUCUGCAAGCUAGAACUACCUUGCAGCUCAGGGACACAGAGAAAUGAGAACCCUCAGUCUGGCAGAGUUAAUUUUCCAUUGCAAUCUAAAGAUAAGGAAAAUGAACAAAAAGAAAUGAUUAGGAUUAAAUUAUACAAUGUUUUUAAAAAAAUAAUUUUGGCCUGUCAUUGUACUAAAUGUUUCCUAUCGUAAAUGAAAACUAUCAGUGCUGAAGCCAAUAAAACAGUGACUAUGGGAAGCUCAGGGACGUUGCUGGACAUAGCCACCUGUGGGGUAACACUAACAUAUCUUUGUUCCCUGCUUGGAGACUACUCAGAGAGCAGGUGUACACACUGUAUCUAAGGCCUCUGGCACUGAGGCUUAAGGCAGGAGCCCAAGUUCGUGACCUCUAUACAGGAGAUAAUUGAAUUUCACUGGAAAUAGUUUCACCCUCUAGUCUUUGUUCCCCGCUGUCGUAAAAAGUGCCAGGAGCUAUGGAAUGGACCACUGUUCAGGGACUGAGGAGACACAGAUGCCAACAACUUCUUGUGUACAGUGUGUGAUGACGACCGUGGAGUGAGUCCAUGGUCUCUCGUAGUGUCAGCAGAUGAGGGGUCCUGUUUAAUGUAACUAGCAUGGCUGUGUUUUAGACACUAUACACUGCCAACAGCAGACGACCGGGGCUUAGAAGUAGAAAUAUAAAAAGUGGGUGGGGCCACUGGGCCAUGGGUGGGAGACACAGCAGGAGAAAACAGGACCCCUCCUGCCUUCCUCUGUGCAGCCACAAGUACAGAUUUGCUGAAGUCCUCAGUACAAGCUUAUAAGAAGGGCAGAAUGAUUUGGAAAAGUCUAUUAUUAAGCGUAAAAUGAGAAGAAUCCUGAAAAAUGGCUCUUUCUCAUAAACUGGGCCCAGCGUCUAGAAGCAUCUUUCAUAUCUUACUUUCAUAUCUGAUAGGUGUGUUUCCUUCAGUGUUUCCCGGGUUAUACCGUGUUCAUUGGAUAUUAUCCUACAGGUUACAGCGUCAGCAAACACAACCCCGCCCUCUUUCUUUUCCUUUCUUAUUUCUCACUUCUUCCCAAGACCUAGAUUAUCCUCCAGUUCACAAUAUGACCCCAGCUGCCUUGAUCUCAUGAUCCUCCUACUUCAGCCUAUGGGCUGCGUUUACAGGUGUUACCAUCACACACACCUGGAAGAAGAAAACAAAAUGCAAACCCAGUGCCACUCACUCAUUCACCUAAAUCACCCAGUAUUAACCAGAGCGAUCCUGUGUGUUUCAACAUAAACACGGACGUAUUUAUAAUGAUCAAAUGACACCUGUAGUUUUAAAAGAAAAUUAGUAUUAAUUCCAUCUCAAAAAAAAAAAAACAAAAACAAAAACAAAAAAAAAAAAACGUUGUUUCUCAAUGAGCAGCUGCCACCCAGAGUUGGAACAAAUAGAGUCUGCUUCUCACAGCACAAGAAAUCUAAGAUUUGUUUAAAAUUCCUCUAAUAGCAAUUAGGCUUUCGGCGACAUAUGCAACGCCUACGUAGAACGCGCAUGCUCCCUUCUCGACUUUGGAGAGAGCGCAGAAGCCGUUUCAGUGAGAGGAGGCACAUUUCAUGUCAACGUUGUCACAUACACCAUAAUAGGAAUAGUUAGCCGCCAAAAAUAUCUUUCAGGAAAAGAGUGUUUAAAGGCUGUCUAUGACAUAGGUCCUUCUUCCCACCUUGCGAUUCGAUUUUUUUUUAAAGGAACAGAAUCUCAAAAAAUGCACAGAUGCAUUCUCCAUAGAAAAACACCCACCAUCUCCCCCUCUGCCUCUGUCCUAGAUGGCUUUCCCUUUGUAAUGCCCCCCUGUCAGCACUUCCUACUGACAGACCUGAGCCCCCAGCCUGACUUCUUGGCUGGCCACUCCCCUUCACCAUCCAUGUCUAUUAAUGGCUUGCUGUGCUCUAUCAUUUUAAAUACAGAGCCAUUUAGCAUUUAAUGUCCAAUGCCCAUCCUACCAACCCAAGAAACACAAUCAGCUGGUUCUUGUUCUCCUGAAUCUCUGCAGGUGGCAAACCUGAUUCCCAUUGCCUGCUCCUGCCUCCGCAGGGGUCUGUACAGAAAACCAGAAAAUAACAAGGCCCCUGGUUACUCUCUUUCGCUAUGAUACAAUUUGUUCCCUUCUGCCCCCAGUCUCACCCCUACUCCUACUCAGUGGGGCACUGCUACUGAUCGGGCUGAAUUAACUCACAACGCAUUUGCUCUAUGGAAAUUCUGGGCCUUUAUUUCUCAAGGGAAUAGAGAAACUCAACAGCCUCCUACCCAGCUGGUUCUCUCCAUGCCAGCUACCGAAUCUAUACAAAUUAGAUUCAAGUGACAGGUUAUUUGAGGGAUUUAUAAUCCCAGCCCUGCUGAUAGUAACCUGCCAAGUGUUCUCAGAGUCCCCUCUGUCACUCAACGUAGACAUGAUUGGGGCAAAAUAAGAAGAUUCUAAGCUAGCCUGAAGAACUGUCAGGGGCUUUAGGUUUCGUUCGUUGGGUUUUGUUCAUUGUUUUGGAGAGGUUUUGUUUGUUCUAUUGUUGCUGCUGCUGUUGCUGCUGCUGCUGGUGGUGGUGCUGUUUUGUUCUGUAUGUUUUUUGAGAUAGGUUCUCACUCUGUAUUCCAGGUUAUUCUGACACUCUCUCUGUAUCCAUGGCUAACCUUGAACCCUUGUCAAUCCUUUUGCCUCAGUCUCAUGCCAGGGUCACGGUCAAGAGCUCCCCUACCAGGUUGUUUCAACUGUUUUUAUAAACUCUAUCCAUUUAUUGAAGGAACCAAAAGGAAAUGGCAUUAAUCCCAAUGAUGCAUGCCUACUCAUCUUUAUAAUUAAUCAAAUAUUUUAAAUAAUCUAUAAACUAAAUUAUAGACGAUAAUUUGCAGUCAUAGAUGCUCCAUCCACUACAAUGUACAAUACAACAAAUUCCAGCAAAAUCCAGGCACUGGGACCACCCACUGUGUGAUCUGUAGGGAAAGAUAGCAUGGCUGUGCUUAUAAACCCAGAGUAUCUAUUUUCAAGCGUUGAUUUCCUAACGGUGAGGCUGAAGCGUCACUAAACCAUUGAGAGAUCAAUUCAGUUACUGUUUUCUUAUUGAUUUGGAAGACAGAGGAAGCAUCCUGCUGGCUGUUCUCUAACUAGCCUGGCUUCUCGGAGACAGCUGGAAGCCAUCAACCACGGACACCAUGAAGAAAAGAGCUAACUACAGAAUCAAAGGAAAGAAAAAGAGAAAUCCAGUGAGUGGGAACUGCCAGAGAAUGGCUGGGCUAUUUUUGGAUAUAAAUUUUCAAUCAGAAGUGAUCAUUCUGGUUCUCAUUUGCUCAGUAUUUGUAGAGAGAAUAAGGAAAAUGAUGGUAGAUUGGCUCUAUAUGAAAAAGUCAGUUUGAAACUGUCGUGUUAAAAGAGCAUAGGGGCUUAGACCUAUUCCGUCUUUUAUAAUACUUUAUAGCAAAGCAACUUCAUGUCAGCAUCAAGUAAUGUUGGAGAGCCCACACAUUGAAAUAAAGUUAGAAUUUUAGUACACAAAGUUUGAGAAAAUCAACCACAAAACUAGUCAGAACUGUUAAAAGCAUUAGCACACAUCCCUGUUCCGUGGCAAUUAUAUAGAGAUCAUAAUGUUAUCAGUGCCAUUAUAUGUAAUUCUAUAUGCCUUUAGAAACACAUCUACCAAUAUGAAAGAAAUAUAUGAACAGGUAGAUAAUAUUUUAAUUUAAUUAGAACCAGAUAAACUGACAGUUUCCACUUAGCAAGACAUUCCCUGAGCUUUUCACCUAAUUAAUAGUUAUUGUUUGAAAAGUGCAGUGGUCUUGCUUUCAUCUCAUUAUGUUACAUGAAAUGUAAGCAAAUGUGUUUGCAAAUGGAGCUUUCUAAAAUACAUUGAACAACACUUAGCCAAUGGAAAAAGUAAACAAGUUUUCUUUUUAAGGAAAAGCAUAAGUCUAAGCAUCAGGCGUGUUGCUUGUCACUGAAUAUUUCAUAACACCAACAAUGCACGCUUGAUGUCCAGAAAAGUUCUGCUAGAAAAAUAGGGAAAAAAAAAAGAUGUACUCCAAAGUUUUAAUUGCAUCUGAAAUUCUGUUAACCAAUGACAGUGUUUAAAAACAACCCAUAAUCCUUCAGCAAAGAAAAAAAAGUCAAACUCUAGUAAUGAUUUGGUUAGAUUCUCACGUAGUUAAGUUCAAGUGUUUUAAGUGGACCAUUGCCUGGGAGCUGCGUUUCUCUCCAGCUGCAGAAGAGGAGGCAGAAGUGUCCUUCUUUGGAUCAUAGCACUGAGUCUACUCCAAGUAGAGCUUUGAGCCUCCCACCCAAACAUCACUUCUUUGCAUUCUGGGCUAUGAGAGAAGACUGGAACUGACCUCUUUCCUCAAAAUUCAGGGGUGAAGUCAAUCCGGAAUCACGCUUGUCAGCAUAUUAGGUCAGAUUCUAUGACAGUAGAACAUUUUAAUUGAUGGAGAAAUGCCAGUAAGUAGCAUAUAAAAAAAUAAGAAUAAAAAGAAGUGUGACAUAGUUCAUGCUUUGCAGAUUUUUAUACCCAUGUAAAUAAAACCACAAACAUAUCUUCCAAAACUGUGUGUAAAAUCCAUGGGCAUAGCAAUGAACACAGCAUGCUGCCUAGCUAGGUUUUUCACAACUUCCCUAACACAAACACACACGCGUGUGCGCAUGCACACACCUUUCAAAAAUAUUUUUCUGGCUUGUUGUGAUGAUUCACAGAGGAAUGGUCCAAAGCACACAGCAUUCUUUCCUGAGAGUCCUUCCUUUAAUGUUUGGUUAUUUGUUUACUUAUUAUGUUCACCCUACAAUAAUGUUAUUAUUACAAAAACAAACACCCUCGCUUGCAGAAAAGACUAAACUAUCAUUCUAUAUUGUGCACACUUCCAGGUAGGAAAAGAUGAUCAACUGUAGCUUUUCCAACAAUUACCUGUUGUAUGAUAAUGCCUCUUACACAGAUCAAAGUAUUGACUAGUAUACCAAGCAUUAAGAACCCUGCUGAAUUCGUUUUGCAGCAUUUCUGUUUGACUCUUUCAUGGAAAUUGUAUGUAAAAAAGCAACAUGUAAACUCUUGCAUUGUGUUACUGUUGCUGUGCCAGAAUCCAUAAACAUUUUGGGCUGUAUUGUGACUUUCUUGCAUGUGAUGUAUGAGUAUCUAUGACUAAUAAAGAAAACCUACUA